AUGACAUCCUAUUCAGAGUCUGAAGCGGUAGCCGAGGACUUUCGCGAGGCCCUUGAAGAUGUCAACACAAAUGAUCGCCAUGAAAUUUCGAACCUGACCUUGAUUGCGAGAGAAAACACGGAGCAUGCGCUCGCUAUCUCUGGAGCACUGGUCGAUCACAUUAAACGAAUUGCACCCCACAAGAAACUGCCUUCGUUGUAUGUUCUUGACUCCAUCGUCAAAAACGUAGGCACGCCCUACACACUUUUCUUCGGCCGCAAACUGUACCACACCUUCAUGGACGCCUACGCCAUGGUCGACAUGGGCACCCGCAGGAAGAUGGACGAGAUGCUGAAAACCUGGAAGGAGCCCGUCCCAGGCUCUAUCGACACCCGCCCGGUCUUCCCGCCAGAUGUCGUUCGCCCCAUUGAGAAUGCCCUCAUCAAAGUGCGGACGACUGCUCUGCAACAACACCAGGCGCACAUGAAAAGCCAGCAGCAACUGCUUGGCCGGGGCAGACCAACCGCACAAGGCAUGCCUUACCGGGAAACGCCCACACCACCAGGUGCUCGGCCUCCGCCCCAAGCGCAUGGCUAUCAACUUCCGAAUCACAGCACGAACGGCAUGUCGUACGGUCAGCCUACGCAGCCGCUGCCGCCCAACUAUCAGUCACACCCAAACAUGCCCUUCCCAUCCAGGUCAACACCUCAACCCAUGCCAUCAUCUAGCGCCUUCCAACCCCCUCCCGUGGGAGGAUAUGGCAUGUCGCAAGCUGGAAUCAGCACAGGCUCGCUGAAUGAUGAUAUCCAAAGACUGAUCACGGCCUUCAAGGCGCAAAUCGCACAAGCUCCCCAUGAUCCAACUAUACAGACUAGGCUGAAGGCACUGGUGGAUUUGCAAACUAUUCUUCAGACCCAGAACCUGCCGCAGGAUCAGUUAGUGCUUGUUAAGAAUCAAAUUUCUGAUCUCGCCGUGACAAUAAGGGCAUCUCCAGCCCAACCUCCUACACCUAUACCCAAAGCACAACCCGUAGCAGUAGCUCCUCCGCCGCCAGCAGCAGCGCCGAAGGUCUCUUUAGAUUCCUUAUUCGGCUCGGGUGCUCUUGCGGCUUUGAUGGCACGAAGCUCCUCCACCCCGCAAGUAUCUACACCUCAACCUCCUCCGGCAACUGUCGCAACACGAUCACCGCCGCCUCAGAGAGCUGAGCCGCAGAAGGCAGCCGCAGCAACGCCUGACCCAAUGGCACUCAUGAACAUGUUGAGACAAGCUGGGAUGCUUCCACCGCCCACGCCUGCGGUUGCCACGACGCCUGUCCCCAUUUCGACGCCUGUCCCCGUUCCGACGCCUUCUCUACCAUUCCCUAUCCCUCUUCCUAUACCCGGAGCGACUAUGGGGAACCAGUCUCGUCGACCCGUGACUAUGGAGACCUUCACCGGCGAUAUAGCCCUCAAGGCCUCGUCUCUCAAGCAAUUUCGUCCACAGCUGCUUCCAUUCCUCUUUGAGGCUCAGGGGCCGCAGUGCACACAAUGUGGUCGGCGUUUUGCGAGAGAUGAGAAAGGGAAGAGAAAGAAGACUGCCCAUAUGGACUGGCAUUUCAAGGUGAACCAGCGCAUCGCUGAAGCCGAGAAGCGGGGGCAGCAUCGAAGUUGGCUGGUCGAUGAAGUGGACUGGAUCAAUACUCGAGAGACCAUUGACAAGGACCACGCUGGCCAUCCAGGGGAUUCCGAUGCCGCCUCGGGGGGAUCAGCAUCGAAGGCCGCAAAGGUCGAGUACAUACCGGUUCCCGACGAUGCUGCAUUGGCAGCAAGUGUGUGCCCGAUCUGUCAAGACAGAUUCGAGACGAGAUGGCUCGACGAUGCCCAGGAGUUCGUCUGGGCCGAUGCCAUGAAGGUGGGCGAGCGGAUCUACCAUGCCAGUUGCCACCGGGAAGCAACCAAAGAUGGUGGAAACACACCGAUGGUAUUCGCGAGAAGUACGCCAGAGCCGGUGUUGGGGAAGCGGAAAGCCGAACAGGAUGAGCUAUCUUCCGUACGAGGGAAGAUGAAGACAGAGUUUGCAUAG